AUGGCUGAGCAGCAGACUCCUACCUUCAAGCUCGUGCUUGUCGGUGACGGUGGUACCGGAAAGACCACCUUCGUCAAGCGUCACUUGACUGGUGAAUUUGAGAAGAAGUACAUGGCCACCCUCGGUGUCGAGGUUCACCCUCUUGGCUUCACCACCAACUUCGGUCAGAUUCAGUUCGAUGUCUGGGAUACCGCCGGUCAAGAGAAGUUUGGCGGUCUCCGUGAUGGUUAUUACAUCAACGGCCAGUGCGGUAUCAUCAUGUUCGAUGUUACCUCCCGCAUUACCUACAAGAACGUCCCCAACUGGCACCGUGAUCUCGUCCGAGUUUGCGAGAACAUUCCCAUCGUUCUCUGCGGUAACAAGGUCGAUGUGAAGGAGCGCAAGGUCAAGGCCAAGACCAUCACUUUCCAUCGCAAGAAGAACCUCCAGUACUACGACAUCUCUGCCAAGUCCAACUACAACUUCGAGAAGCCUUUCCUCUGGCUCGCCCGCAAGCUUGUCGGAAACCCUCAGCUUGAGUUCGUUGCUGCUCCCGCUCUGGCUCCCCCUACUGCCCAGGUCGACGAGAAGCUCCUGGAGGAGUACCGCAAGGAGAUGGACGAGGCCGCCGCUAUGCCUCUGCCUGGUGAGCUUUCCGACGACGAUCUGUAA